AUGGGUUUCGUGAAUCGACGUUGGGCGGCCCAGCAAGCCACCAGGCCGUCGCCCUGGAAGUCUGUCAAAUACGAAUGCGAUCAAAGCUACUGGAGCGAUGAUUUAAAAAAGCUUUAUGUGCCCAUGGACCUUGACCAAGGUACGAGGGACUGGAUCCAGUGGUCAGAGGAUGAAACAGCCUCCCUUCUGUCCACGCUUGUCAAGCCGAUUGCCAUGGCAAUCCUCCGGCCGUUUGUAUCCCGAACCUCGGUGAACGGCGCCACAUACCGUGGAAGCAUGCACGUGCUUUCACGGGCACAGUUUGAAACGAUGCUCAACGGCCCGAACACAACUGCCGAUGUAUCAAACUUGGACAGUCACGACGCCAAUACAGCAAGCUCCCGUGAUCCUGGCAGCUCAUCAGGCACACAGGAAGACACCAGUACAAAUACAGAGCCACACACAAGCGCAAAUACAGACCGUCCCAGCCAAACGACACGAGCACACGACCGUGAGAACCAGAAGACAGAGACGUGCAGAGGAAAGUCUCUGUUGGAUAUAGGUGCGGGUGAUGGGGCUGUCACAGCCCUGCUGGCCCCACAGUUUGACCACGUGACGGCCACGGAGGUGUCGCCGGUGAUGGUCUGGCGGCUGGGGCGUUUGGGCUUUGAGAACAUAAAUACAGGCACAUUGAACCAUCCACAGCUAGAGGGCAGGACAUAUGACGUGGUCAGUCUUCUCAAUGUACUCGACCGGUGUCACAACCCAAUGAAGAUACUACACGAUAUCAAGAAGUUCCUAAAGCCAGACACUGGUCGGUUGCUAAUUGCGGUGGUUCUGCCAUUUAAGCCUAUUGUUGAAGAAGGCACGAGCUGGAUUACGCCAAAGGAUUCGAUUCCCAAAGAGGCCCUUAGGACAACACCUAAAUGUUGUAAUAAUGGCAGAAAUAAUUGGGAGGAAUGGAUUCCUUGGCUCAUAAACACAUACUUCACUCCCGCCGGUUUCAAGGUGGACCGAUUCACCCGGACGCCUUACCUAUGUAGUGGUGACAGCAUACAGCCUUUCUAUGUGAUACAAGAUGCUGUAUUUGUACUUUCUUUGGCCGAUGAUAUUCCUGCUGCCGAUAUACCAAUCACCGAGGAUACAAACAAGGUCUUUGAGCUGUUGUGA